AUGUGGGGAUCUGCUAUCUUGCCGAUCGCCCUCCUGGCUGCGCUGCCCUGCGCCAAUGCCAUCACUCUGCACAAGCGUAGCGAGCCCGCGGUCCUUGGACUUCCGAUUGUUCGCACCGAGCGAUCACAGGCGCUGCAGAAGCGUGAUAGCAAGACUGUCAGUGCUGAUCUUUAUAACCUUGUAGGUGCCGGUCUCAAGUCUUCAAUUCAAAGCACAAGGUCACCGGGAAAGUUACUAAUACCAUCUAAGCAAAACAUGCAAUAUUGGGUGAACAUUACUGUGGGAACCCCAGCACAGAAGGUCUCCCUCACCCUCGAUACAGGCAGCAGUGAUGUCUGGGUUAAUAUUCCUAAUUCGACCUUCUGUUCGGCCGACGACGACCCCUGCUCCCCAUAUGGCGUUUUCAAGCAGAAGGAUUCAUCUACCUUCCACAUGCUUGAUUACCAGAUGAAUGCUACCUAUGCCGCCGGCUUCCUGGCAGAGGGUUACUAUGCCACAGACACUCUGUCCAUUGGAGGUGUAAAGGUGAAAGAUUACCAGUUUGCAGUCGCUGAUAUAAGUCAUAACGAGAAUGGUAUCUUGGGGGUUGGAUACCAAAAGGGCACCGACGCAUAUGCCAUCGGCAAGGAGUACACCAACCUCCCGGGCGCGCUCGUCAAAAGCGGCGCUACUAAUUCAGCCGCUUACAGUUUGUGGCUGAACAAGCUUGACAGCACCGGCAACAUCCUCUUCGGAGGUGUCAACAAGGCGCGAUACAACGGCGAGCUCCAGAGCGUGCCUAUCUUAAAGGUGUACGGCGAGUAUCGCUCUCUGGCCAUCGCAUUGACUGAAAUCACCGUCAAGGAUAAGACCUAUGCGUCAGGUCUGCCCUUAGCUGUCUCCUUGGACAACGGUAGCUCCAUGAUCGCUCUGCCCAAAGAGCUCUUGGACCCCAUCUACAAGGAUAUCGGCGCCGGCUACGACUCGAAGAGCCAGUUCGGCUACAUCUCUUGCGAUGCUGCCCACUGGGACUACAACAUUACUUUCAGCUUCUCCCAAGCUAAGGUCUCCAUGCCCAUCAGUACUCUGGUAUUCCCCCACUACUCUGAGACUUCUUUCCCCAAGGGCGAUUGCAUCUUCGGCAUGGUCCCCAGCCAGCCUGGAGUGAACUUGAUGGGCGACCCCUUCUUGCGCGGUGCGUACGUUGUUUACGACCUCGACAACAACGAGAUCUCGCUCGCUGAGACGAACACCAACGAUGGUGAUGAUGAUAUUCAUGAGAUUGGCACCGGGUCCGACGCUGUCCCGGGGGGCCACUCUGCUGGCCUCGGCCUGACGGCUCCCGCUACUAUGACUGUUACUGGUGAAUUGAGCACUACUGACGGCUCCGCUCCAAAGACCAGUGACGGUGGCGCUGCUGCUACCAGCAGCUCUUCCGAGGGCCUGGCAGCGCUACCUACCAGCAACCCGAACCAUCUGCUGCCUGGUCUCCUGGGUGCCGGUUUGCUGCUUGCGCUGUAG